GGCACGCGGCUCAAUGAUUCUCUCUUUCUGCUUCAUAUUUACGCUUCCCCUCUGAUUAAAUUAAAUAGAACAAAAAGUCAUCGGAAACUAGAGCAGAUCCAUUUGGAGCAGAAGAAGAAGAAGAAGAAGAAGAAGAAGAAGCUAAAUGGAUAAUUCAGUUAAAGCCCGAACAGAAACAGUUUUAUCAGUGAAGAUGUGGCCACCGAGCAAGAGCACACGCCUGAUGCUCGUGGACCGCAUGACAAACAACUUAACCACACCUUCCAUCUUCACCCGCAAGUACGGUCUUCUGACUCAGCAGGAGGCUGAGGAAGACGCCAAGCGAAUCGAAGACCUAGCUUUCGCCGCCGCCAACAAACACUUCCAGAACGAGCCUGACGGUGACGGCACCUCUGCUGUCCAGAUAUACGCUAAAGAAUCGAGCAAACUCAUGCUCGAAGCCAUCAAACAAGGUCCCAAGGAGGAUAGCUUGUUUGAUUUAUCUGGUGGACGCAGAGCCUUUAUUGACGAGGCCGAGGCGCUCGAGCUUUUGAGGCCUUUGGCUGAUGAUCCAACUAACUCUUGCACCAAGAUCCGUUUUACCAACCGGAGCUUUGGCUCGGAUGCUGCUAAAGUUGCUGUCAGCGUGCUGUCUUCCAUCAAGCACCAGCUGACUGAAGUGGAUCUCUCCGACUUCGUUGCGGGGAGACCGGAGGCGGAAGCUCUUCAAGUCAUGAACAUGUUUUCAUCUGCCUUGGAAGGUUCCAAGCUUAGGCUUUUGGAUCUUUCCGACAAUGCCUUGGGGGAGAAAGGGAUCCGAGCGUUUGCUUCUCUCAUCAAGUCUCAGCGUGACUUGGAGGAGCUUUAUCUCAUGAACGAUGGCAUCUCCCAGGAUGCUGCUAGAGCCGUUCGCGACCUGCUUCCUUGUACUGCCAAAAUCAGGGUUCUUCAGUUUCAUAACAACAUGACUGGAGACGAAGGAGCGGUUGCCAUUGCGGAGAUUGUGAAGAAUUGUCCUUCUUUGGAGGAUUUCAGGUGUUCUUCUACAAGGAUUGGUUCUGAAGGAGGCGUUGCCCUCGCUGAAGCGCUUGAGUCCUGUAGCCGCUUGAAGAAACUUGAUCUUCGUGACAACAUGUUUGGAGUCGAAGGUGGGAUUGCUCUGGCCCAGACUUUAUCAGUGUUGACUGAGUUAACCGAGAUCUAUAUGAGUUACCUUAACUUGGAGGACGAGGGAACAGAGGCGCUCUCUGAAGCUCUAGUUAACUCUGCUCCUUCUCUUCGAGUUCUUGAGUUGGCGGGGAAUGAUAUUACCGUGAAAUCCACUGGGAAGUUAGCAGCUUGCAUCGCAUCAAAACAGUGUCUUUCGAAGCUGAAUUUAUCUGAGAAUGAGCUCAAAGACGAAGGGACCAUCUUAAUCGCAAAGGCGCUUGAUGAAGGUCAUGACCAGCUGACUGAAGUUGACCUGAGCACCAACAUGAUGAGAAGAGCUGGGGCAAGAGCCUUGGCACAGACUGUUUUGAAGAAACAUACUUUCAAGCUUUUUAACAUUAAUGGGAACUUCAUAUCUGAGGAAGGUGUAGACGAGGUGAAUGACAUGUUUAAGGACUCCCCGGAGAAGCUUGGUCUUUUGGAUGAUAAUGACCCUGAUGGUGAAGAUUUUGAAGAUGAAGAUGAGGAAGCCGAAGAAGAAGAAGACAGUGAACUGGAAGCAAAGCUCGGAGGUCUGAAAAUCAAGCAAGAGGAGGAAUAGGAAGAGGUGACACAUGAAGUGAUGCUCUCUUGUUGCUAUGUAGGUAGGUUUCAGUAUUAUCCAUUUCUCUCUCUGUAAGACUGUCUUCAGUUCUAUUUCCUUGAAACAUAAAACCUUUUAUCUUCAAGUUAACUAG